AUGAUUAUAAUGAAUGGUUUGGGCUUUGCAUGGAUACUGUUCCUGCACUGGGAUAUCAAACGGUAUAAACGGUGGGCCGUUCAGUACUUGAACUCAAACCAGGGGACUGGUAGUGAUGAGUGCGAUGGCAGUGGUGUCCGUUCAGAUAGUCUGACCCAUCGGAUGAGUAUUACAACACUUGUGGUGUUUAAUUCACUGGAGAACUCUAAGCCGGGACAUGUUGUGGAUAUGUUUUGUUUCGGAAGUAUCGUUCACAUGGGUGUCCAGGUGUUCAGUCAAACCUACUUUUACAUCAACGACAGUCCCCGAUGUCAGGACUUUCUCACCAUAUUUUGCUUAUCCAUACGAAUCGUGUUCUCCUUCUAUCAGCUCUACAUUGCAUUCAAAUAUUCAAAUAUAUUGAUAUACCGGCACCAACUGUUAGCCAGGUUUGCGUUAAUGCAUUUGUUGGCCACAUCCCUGUCCUCGUGGUUCAGGACUAUUAUCAGUGAGGCUGUGGAUGAUUAUGUGGAGUCCAUCCACGCGCUGAACCAUACGUUAAAUACGAGUCAAAACUACUUUCACUCAAUGAUUGAACAUGAGAUUCAUUGCCUGGAGAGGACAGUCAUCAAUGAUAAGUCGAUGCAAACACUGCCCUAUUUAUAUCCAUUCACUAUUGAGUUCAAUAUAAUUAUGGCAUCCAUUUGGUACAUAUGCUGGACUAAUAUCGGCAAAGUGCACUCACAUCCCGGGCCAGCCCAUAUCAAAGUUAAACCUAAUCUAUCGGACGGGGAUCAGGAAUUCGAGUACCGGUCGGCCAUAUCAAUCAGUGCCGACUGUCACGCCAGUAAUCGGGGUCUAUUUGCCGGCAUAACAACCCUAUUAGCAACCGCCGUAACAAUCAUUAUAUUUUUCGCCACCCAGUCCUACGACCGCUUCGGGAUAUCCGUCUAUUGCACACAAAUAGGUGUCCUAACCCUUGUGUGUUGUAUCGUCAUACCCCUGGCCUACCACCAGACCCGUAAACUGAACGUGGUCACCCGGGAACAUUUUAACUGCAACCAUACCGUGAUGGACGACCUACUUGUGCUCAUACCGGUGCCGUUCUUUUUACUACACUAUGUGUACCUAAUUAUGGCUGACAUUCACGACGAGAGUUCACCAGUGAAUGUGUUUUUGAUAGUGAUAUACGUGUUGACUAUACUACAGGUGCUCAUACAGUCACCGUUCAUAGUGGAUGGCAUACGCCGGUGCUCUAACACCAAAGAGCUCCGGUAUGUGAAGCCCGGCAGGAAUUAUAUAAUGUUUGCUCUCAUACUGAACAUCACGCUAUGGAUAUUGAAUACGUUUGAGUUGAGAUAUGUGGACAGGACAGACACCCGACUCUAA